AUGGCGGACGACCCCACAGCCGCAGUGACCAACUCUACAACACAUGAAACCGCGCCGACCACCAGCAGCGCGGACGCCGCCGCCGCACGCGAGCAAGCGAUCCGGGAGCUGACGCUCGCCGAGUUCAAAAAAGUGAAAGAUGGCUUCACCAAGGACCAGUGGCAGAACAUGCCGCGCGAGAAGCGGUCGAAGAUCAUGGGAGCGGCGCACGAAGUUGCAAAGACCGAGAUCGCGGCGCGCGAGGAGGCCGCGGCCGCGGCCGCGCCGCCGCCGCCGCGGACUUCGCGCUUCGACGUGCCGCCCGACGCGGCCGCGCCGGACGCGGACGCGCUCCCCCAGCACCCGCACACGCGAGAACAGUCCGACGACAGCCACCGGUCGUCGCCGAGCCCGCCGGCGGACGCGCCGUCGCCGCGACGAAGAUCACCGAGCCCGCCGGCGGACAAAAAACCGGAGAAGCGCCGGCGCAAACCAUCGCCACGGCCCCAAGAGCCGCCGCGCAGCUUUGGGGUGAUGGACACCGUCGAGGGGAACUGGAACGACCAGGGGCGGUGGUACACGGCCGUCGUCGAGGGCGUCUUCGCCGACGGGACCAUCAACCUGAAAUACGUCGACGGCGACAAGGAGACGCGCGUGCCGCCGUCGCGCGUGCGGCCUUUGCCAAAACGCGGCUCCUCCAACAAAGGUGGAGGGCGCCGCGCAGCACCAAAAAAGGCGCCGGCGAAGAAGGCCGCGCGCAAGGCGAAGCCGCCGCCCUUCACGUGUCCUCAAUACACGCCGCGCGACCACUACGAUGAAUUGGACGACUCGGCUUCUGAUGUAUCCGUGCCGCGGCGCUGGUUGCGAGCCCUGCAGCCGACGCCGACGUCGCCGCCGCCUUCCGAUAGAGACGCCCUCUUUGAUAAUGCCGACUCGUCUUCCUCAAGCGACGGCGGCCCCGUCGCGCUCGCGGCGUCGACGGCGCCCUGCCGCGGCGCCUACGACCGCCGCCGCGCCGUCUUCGGCGCGGCGCUGCGGCCGCCGCCCGCGGGCUACGACGCCGGCCGCGUCGCGCUCACGCUCGCGGGCCGCCGCCGGCCCGCGCUCUCGGCGUUCUUCCGCGCGGCCGCGGCGAGCGACGGCGACAGCGACAGCGACAGCGAGGCCGCGGCGCCGCGGCGCCGGCCGCGGCCGGCGCGGCCGCGCGCGCCGGCCGAGGUGCGGACCUGGGUCACGGACGCGGGCGGCCGCCGCCACUCGAGCCGCCUCGCGUCGCCGAAGGCUGCCGCCAAGAAGAAGGCGCCGUCGCCGCGCAGGGCGCCGGCGCGGCGCCGGGCGCCCCAGGUCCCGUGCACGCAAGGCUGCGGCCGGUCCUUCGCCACGCCCCAGGACAUGCGCCAGCACGCGCGCAACGACUGCCCGGCGCGGCCCGCGGCGGCGCUCUCCGAGGAGGACGAGCCCGAGGACGACGAUGCCGCCCUGUCCGCGCUCACGGAAAGCGAGCUCCGCCGAGUCAUGGCGCGGCGCGGCGUGGGCGCCGCGGCGCCGGCUCCGCCAGCGGUUGAAGCCAGCGGCGUGGGUGCCGCGCCGGCCGACGGCGCCAACGAGACCGAGGACGCCAUGGACACGGACGCGCCGCCCUGGCCGGCCGCCGGCCGCAAGCUCCUGGACGAGAUCAAGGCCGAGAAUGAGCGAUCCGACGUCCGCGCCUCUCUUGAGACGCUGCGGCCCAAGCUGACGAGCUACGGAUUUAGCAACUCCAAUGACUCUUGGAAGUCGGGCUUCUGCAGCCUCUCCGUACCCGCUGGUUUCCCUUCGAACCAAAAUACCAGGCGUGUUGAACACGGAACCAAGAUACGCUCGAUCCCGGAUCUCGUCCGCUACCUCGAGCACGCGCUCGGCGAAGCCAGCGACGCCGAGGACGACGCCGAGGCCCACCCCGCACCGCCGCCGCCGCCCGGGAGCCGCGUCGCCGUGCGCUUCGACGACGGCGAGGACUACGAGGGCACCAUCGGGGACGCGCUGGACGAGCGCAGCGCCGCGUGCCAGUUCGACGACGGCACGAGCGACGUCAUCCGCUUCCCGGACCCCGACGUCCGCGUCACGCGCGUCGGGCCCGGCGCGGCGCCGGCGCCGCCGCUCGUCAUGGUCCUGUCGGCGGCGCGGCCGCCGCGCGCGCCGCGGAGCCGCGGCGCGCGCAAGCGGCCGCGGCCCGUGCUGAGCGUGUCGACGGCCCCCGACGCGCGGCACCCCUGCGCCUUCGGCUGCGGCCUGACCUUCGCGACCGGGCACGCCGCCGAGGCGCACGCGGCGCGCUACUGCGCGCGGCGGCCGCCCGAGGUCAUCGCGGCCGUCACGGCCGCGGCGCCGCGCGGCGACGACGCCGUCCUGGCCGCCGCGCGGGCCGCGCGGCGCGCGCUCGGCGAGGACGCGCCCGACCCGCCCGACGCUGUCGAGGAGGCGAAGCCGGCGUCGCCGCGCCCGGCCCGCUGGACGGCCGAGGAGGAGGCGGACCUGCGGCGCCUCGUCGCGGAGGCCGGCGCCGACCGCGACUGGGCGGCGAUCGCGGACCGGCUGGGCACGGGCCGCUCGGCGGCGGCCGUCGAGGCGCGGUUCGGUCCGGACAAGAGCGCGUCCCCGCGUUCCGGGCCAAAGGCCUGCGAGGUCCGCCGCGUCGGCGACAAGAAGUGGCGGCGCUUCGCCUCUCGGAGUGAUGCCGCCGCGGCGUUCCCAGAAUUGUCCAAACCUGAUAUCACGCACCUCAUUAACAACACCGGCCGCGGCCGCACUGCUAACAAGCAGUAUGAGGCGCGGGACGCCGUCGACGAGGCGGAGGCCAGCGACGACGAGGCCGGUGCGUCCGACGACGCGGCGCCGGCGCCGGGCCCGUCGCUCGGCCCGCGCGACGAGCGCGGCCGCUACCCGUGCCCGGCCGGCUGCCCGCGAACUUUCGCGCACGCGCCGGCGGCCGUGCAGCACGGCAAGUCGUGCGCGGCAAGGUCGGCGCCCGGCUUCGUCCGGACCGCUGACGGCCGCGCGGCCAAGAUCGUCGAGAAGUUAUCAGCCGGCAGGUUCCUCGUCGACGUCUUCGACGAGCAGGGCAAUUUCUAUGAGCGCAUCAAAAGGAAGAGGUCCUUCUUCGAGCCAGGCCAGGAUCAUCUGCUGGACUUGGCACCGCCGCGUGGCGCCGCCGCGGCUGCCGCGCCGGCCGACGGCGACGACGAGGCCGAGGACGCCACGCCCGCCGAGGAGGCCGAGCCGGCGGACGGCGCGGACGAGGCCGAGGACGCCAUGGACACGGGCGACGCGGUCGAGGCCGCGCCGGCGGCGCCGGCGCCCGCGCCGGCCGACGGCGGCAGCACCGCAGCCGCGUCGUCGCUCCCGUACGGCGGCGACGUCCAGGCCGCGAUGGCGGCGAGGGAUCGAGGCGCCGUCCGCGCCCUCCUGAAGCACCAAGAGGAGUCGCGGCCCAAGCCGCGAGGAGAAGACGCGGCGGCGGCCGCCGCGGCCGACGACGCCGCGCCCGAGCCCGCCGCGCCGCCGGAGGCCGACGAGCCGCCCGCGGUCGACGCGCCGGCGGCCCCGGACGAGGCCGAGGCGGCCUGGGUGGCCGACGCGCGCCGGCUCCUGGGCGAGGCCCAGGACCGGUCGGACCGGAACCAAAAAGGGGUGCUCGAGGCCAUGCGGCCCGCGCUGACGCGUUGCGGCUUCCGCGGCGACCCGCCCUGGGUCUCGGGUCAGGCGUACAUCUCCCCGCCCGCGACCUUCCCGGACUACUACGAGGUCUGGGGCCGGGACAACGCAGGGCAGGGGGCCAAGGGCCAACGCAAAAUCACGUCGGUCCCGGCGCUCGUCGGCUACCUCGAGCGCGCGCUCGCGCUCGCCGAGGCCGGCUCGGAGCAGCCCCGCCCUUCGCGUGAACGGCCGCGGACCGGCGUGACGGAGUCGCCGUGGACGGCCGACGAGGACGCCGCGCUGCGCCGGGCCGUCGCGGCGGCGCGCGUGAGCGGCCGCGUCAACUGGACGAGCGUCCUCGGCCAGCUGCUGGGCGAGACGCGGCGCACCGAGGCGGCGCUGCGGGCCCGGUGGGACCAGCUGGGCGAUCAGCCCGCCCCGCAGCCCGCCAGGUCGACGUCGCCCCGCAGCCGCGCCGUCGCCUGGGCCGCCGUGCACCCGCUCCUGGGCGGCGACGACGGCCUGCCGCUGCCGGCGCCGACGCGGCGGCCGCCGCCCCUGUCAUCGGCGCUGCCGACGACGGCGCUCACGGACGAGACGGGCGAGUGCACCAUUUGCUACGACGACGGCGUGAAGGUGGCGACGCUCAAGUGCUGCGGCAACAAGGCCUGCGCGUCGUGCCUCGGGCGGCUCAAGGACCACGACUGGAAGUGCUACUGGUGCCGCCAGCACGUGCCGGAGCGCUCGCUGCGCGCGGCGCUGAACGGCGUCGAGGUCUGGCCGCCGCCGCGGCCCAAGUCCGCCGUGCGGAAGACGGACGAGCAGCGGCGCGUCGAGCCGCCGCGCGAGCGCGACGCGCCGCCGCGGCCCCGGCGGGCGCCGCCGUCGAUUGUGGGAGAGGGCGCGGCGACGCGCGGCCCCGGCGACGUCGUCCUCUCGCGGGCAGGCCCGGACUACAUUUGUCGGCUCGGCGAGACGCCGGGCCACGUCGGCAACCUGCUCCACGUCGCCCCGGACUACAUCCUCGACCUGACGAAGCGACGGCACGGCCGCGACCUCCAGGAGGUCUCGGGGCUCCAGUGCGGCGCGCGGCUCGCGCUGCCGGCGCCGCGCGAGCCGUGGCGCGUGCCUCCGUUACUACCGCCGAAGGCCGCGACGCAGAUGCUCGCCGGCGAGUUGUACCACCGCGAGGCCGACGACGACGGCCACGACGGGCGCUGCUACUACAAGUGCCACGACAACGACACGCCCCAGCAGAUCUGUCGGCUUUUCGGGGUGGACCACCUGGCCUACGACACGUUGCGGUUGGACAACUUUGCGGGAAGCAAGCCGCUCCGCAGUGACCGCUUGAAAGAUGAGACGAUGGUGGUGCUGCCGGUGCAGUGCCUACAAUCGGACGCGGCAAUCCAGGCCCAGCGGCGCGCGAAGCCCUGCGCGGCGUGCCGGUUAGAAGGAGACACGGGCGCGAUAUUUUGUCGGAAGCAAGAUAGGCACGCGGCGCCGAACUACGACGAGCCCCGACCCCAAAUGGACACGCGCGUGCGCGUGCGCUACCAGGUCGACGACGGGCGCGAUGCGGAGGACUCGCAGGCCUUCGCCUGGUUCUUUGGGUCCGUCGUUGGUUUGGAGGAGAAGGAAAAUGGAGAGCUGGCGCUGAAAGUGAAUUACGACGGCGAGGAAGGUCACAUCGACGAAACGUGGCCCUCCGAGGACCUCGUGAUCCUGCCGACGGACGGCUCGCUGCCGCUGAAGUCGCCGGACGAGGCCGCUUCGAAAGAAAAAUACAUGAACGCGCGCGUGCGGCCGCGCGGCUACCGCCUCUGGUGCCGCGUCGUCAACGUCGAGAUCAGCAUGGUCGAGGCCUGGGACGGCGUCAUCCUUACCUUACGACGCGAGGAUAUGAGGGACGAGAGCGAGGACGACCAGUUCCAGCUCUCCCACUUAUCUGAGGCGAGCUGCUGGGCGCGGCCCGAGCUCUGCCCGGCGCCGCGGGGGGCCGCCAUCGUGGCCGCGCCGCCGCCCGCGCCGCGCGCGCGCGUCGGCUCGCCUUACGCGCCGGCCGCGGAGCCGGACGACCAGGCGGCCGCCUUGGACGCGCUGCGGACGCGGUUGGGCGGCCGCGGGCGCGCCGGGCGGGACGUCCUCGCCGGCUGGACCGGUUCCAGGAAAAAACUUACUAGAGUGGGCGGACACAGCAACGGCUACGCGUACACCUUCACGGACCCGGACGGCGAGCAGUACCACAGCCUGACGGAGGCCGCGCGCGCCGCGGAGCGGCGCCUGCCCGGGGACGCCGCGGGCGAGGAGGAGGAGCAGCCGCGGCCGUCGUCGCCGCGGACGAAGAAGGCCGCGCGCGUGCCGACGACGGCGCCGCCCGCGCGGCCGCCGCCGCCGGCCCAGCGCGCCGCCGCGCCGCCGCCGGCCGCGGUGUCGGCCGCCACGGCGACGGCGAUGUGCGAGCGAGGGGCGCACGUCGCCGACGUGGAGAAACCUACCGUCCGCGGCGUCGCCAAGGGGCACAGCUCGGGCUGGAUGGUCGUGUUAACGCCCUUGGGCUACUUCGCCAUGUUUCCACUCACUCGCGUCACGGCGACGACGCUGACGGCGGCCGAGGCCGAGGCGUGCGCCCGGAAGGACCUGCGCCCGGCGCGCGAGUGGCUCCAGGCGCGGCUUGACGAGGAGAUAGAGGUCGAGGUCGGGAACACGGUCUACCGGAACAGAUAUAGACCGCGCGCGGACGGCUCGUCGGAGUGUCAGAUCGUGGCCGACGCCGCGACGCGGCGCGUGCGCUGCGCGCUGUGCGACUGGGAGCUGCCGCGGCACCACGUCGAGGACCUCGAGCGCGACCUCGCGGCGCGGCCGACGACGGCCUGGCACUACUCGAGCCUGUGGCAGACGCUCCAGGCGCACUGCGGCAUGGGAGACGCCGGCCUGUCGCAGGAGGCGCGGCGCCACCGCGUGCGCCUGCUCGCGGCCGCCAACACGCCCACGGCGCCGGCGCCGCCGCCCACGGCCGAGCCGGCCCCGGAGCGCCGCAGGAAGCAGCAGACGAUCGGGCCCAGUGAUACAACCGCGGCGCCGCCGCCGCCCGACACGUCGCAGGACGAGUUAUUAGCAAGGCAGCUCGCGGAGCAGGAGGGCGCGGUCAUCGAGGAGGGUCACUUGGAGAAGAACGAGUUCGGGCGGUUCAUGUGCCCGGCGGGCUGCGACAAGACCUUUAAGUUCGCGGGCGCGGCGAUCAAGCACGGCACGAAGUGCGUCCAGGACCUCCGGAAGCGGAGGCGGCGCGGCGGCGCCUCAGCGCCGCGGCCGGCGCCAAAGCGGCCGCGCGCGGCGCCGCGGGACCGCGCCGCGGAGGAGGCGGCGCGGGAGGCGAAGGUCAAGGCCGACCUCGAGCGCGAGCUCGCCGCGGCGCGCGCGACGGCGCGGCCGCCGCCCGAGGACGACGACCGGGCUGUUGAUUUGGCGGCCGUCGAGCGGCCGGCGACGCGGUGGCAGGAGUGCCACCCGGACUCCGACGGCGAGCUGCCGCCGCCGCGGCCGCCGCCUAUUAUGGUACCCGAGCCCGGGCGCGGGCGGGGCAAGCCGCCGCUCGGCAAGAUGAAGCGCAAGGCCCCGAGCCCGCGCCUCGAGGCCGCCGCGACGUACGAAGCGUGGGCGGCCGACGACGACGGGUCGCCGCGGGGCCAGAAGCCGCCCAUCAAGAAGCUGCGCGAGCGGCUCGCGAGCGUCGACGUCCUCGACGAGGUCGCGACGGCCGAGGCGUCGUGGGGGCCGCUCGAAGGGACCGCGGCCGUCGUGGGCACGGGGAGUCUCGACGUCCGGCGCGUGUUCGAGGUCGUCGUGAACCUGCUCGACGACGAGAAGAAGCGCGAGCUCCGCGCCGUCGGCCAGCGCCUCAAGGGCGCCAACGGCGGCCGCGCGCCGCUGCCCGACCUCGUCAGGGAGACCGUGGCGCUCGUGGGGUCGGAGCGCUGGUCGUUCGCCGUGGCGGAGGCGGCGCGGCGGCAGAGCCGCGACGCGCCUCCUUUGCCGUCGCAGAGCCGCAGCGCGCCUCCUCCUUUGCCUGCGGCCGUCGUGUCGCCCCCGACUUCACUGCCGGUCGCGUGGCAGAAGGCUGGCUUGACCGAGCGACCGCGCGACACGCACUCCGCGCCGCGACCCGAAGAGGACGCCUCGUCUCGAACGUUGACGGACGCCGUCGAUACUGCCCUGCAAGCCGUCGAGCUACGAAGCGGUGGAGCUCCCGUCGCGCCGCCUCCCGUGCUGCCGAGCGUCUCGUCCGAGGACCUGGGCCAGGCCGAGCGGACUGUUUAA